GUUGUUUUCUGUAACCCCUGGACCCUGAAUAUGAGAGCAGAUGGUUUUGAUUGAGGUGAAGAACUGAUGAAGAGCAUAUCCAGUGGACAAGCGAUAUUUGAAUAUGCAAAGGCACAAGAUUUGAAUAGCAAUUCAGUAGGUGUCAGUGAUUGAAUUUCAAGUAUCGCGUGUUCGUGUCUUAUUCUGUCUCGUCCAUGCCCAUUCUCCUCGUCCAUUUGCACCAUUUGCUCUAGCACACGUGUAGCCCGCGCCGCUCAAGAUUGGCCGAUCUUACCAUCUUCCUCAACUUCAACAAUGGAUCACCAGGCGUCUCAGCGUGAGCACACGACAACGUGGGGGAGGGGCAUCCACUGAAGAUAGGUACUGUUCAUUAAUUUUGUCGCUAUUUUGACUCUUCGAACUCGAGUAUUUUAAACUCGAUGCUUCCCCCUUGUCGCUAUGAUAUUCGAUGCGAUCAGCCAGGGCAGUCUUGGCACUCUACGGUACUUGGUUUACCUACACCGAGCAGUGGAUCCUCAUCGACGGUAUUGAUUGAUCAUAGCUCAGGUAGGCUGGUUCUGUGGAAAUUAGUCUAUUAACGCCCUUUUCUUCUCCAUCAUCAUUUUUUCUUUGUAUCAAGUAUUCUAUAAAGAUAUUAUCUUCCCUUGUCCCCCCAUCACUAACGCGUCAGCCAGAAUCAGAGCGUGUCUUUGUGGCUUGAACAGGAUCUUACCCCUUGAAAGCUGCUACCAAGAUUGGCUGGAAUGACCUCACACCUUCAAUUCCAUGCUUGACCUCGUAUCUUAGCUCAGCAUCACUUCUUCACCUGGCUAUCACCAAAAUUCGACUGCAACACCGAACAUCAACGAAAUACAUAUCAAAUAGAGAGUACAAUCUAAAACGCACAAGAUGCCACUCUCAGGCGCCCGACUGCUCGUGGCAGCCGCCUUACUACUCCCUAGCGUCUCUCCUUCACCAAUUUUCGACGCUGGCCAAAAAGUUCUCGAUGCAAUCACAGGGACACGCGAUCCUAUAGAGACACCGCAUAUCCGACAAUCGGGUCGCAAACUGAAUGGCAAAUUUUUGCAUAUAACAGAUUUUCACCCUGAUGAAUUCUACAAAGCGCAUUCAUCAACAGCCCAGGGUGUCGCAUGCCACCGCGGGAAGGGCCCUGCAGGUCUAUACGGCGCCGAAACUACCGAUUGCGACUCUCCCGUGGACCUCGUCGACGCGACGUUAGAAUGGGUACGGAAGAACGUCAAGGAUGAUAUCGACUUUGUUGUAUGGACGGGUGACACGGCGCGCCACGAUAGCGACGAGAAGCUGCCACGAAGCUCGAGCCAUGUUUUGGAUAUGAACCGAAACGUCGCCAAAAAGAUUGUCAAGACAUUUUCUGAUGACGGAGCCCUUACCGUCCCUGUCAUCCCAACUUUUGGCAACAACGAUUUUCUGCCGCACAACAUCUUCUAUCCCGGACCAAACAAGUGGCUGCAGGCUUAUAGCAGCAUAUGGCAUCGUUUUAUCCCUGAGGAACAGCGACACUCCUUCGGAUUUGGUGGAUGGUUCGAGGUUGAGGUUAUUCCCAAUCAACUGUCCGUCAUCAGCCUCAACACCAUGUACUUCUUUGAUCGAAAUGCUGGCGUUGACGGUUGCGCAAUUCCCUCGGAGCCUGGUUUCAAGCACAUGGAGUGGCUGAGUGUUCAACUUCAGCGAUUACGUGAGCGGGGAAUGAAGGCUAUCCUGAUCGGCCAUGUCCCUCCCGCUCGGACUGAGAACAAGCAGAAUUGGGACGAAACUUGCUGGCAAAAAUACACACUCUGGCUGAAGCAGUUCCGCGACGUUGUUACUGGCUCCCUUUACGGCCAUAUGAACAUUGACCACUUCCUAUUUCAGGACACCAAGGACAUUGACCUGAGCCUUUAUGACAAGGCAGGGACUACCCGAGAACCCAUGGAUGACGACUUUUCCGUCGAGUCAAAGAGCGACUACUUGAUAGACCUUAGAAAGUCCUGGUCUGACUUGCCAGGCUCAGCUGCAAAGGCACUAGAAGAAGAUCUAGACGCCGAGGAUGAACUUGAAACGCAAGAUGAAGAUUUCGACGAGUUGAGGAAUAGAAAGAAAAAGAAGGGGAAGAAAGGUAAAAAGAAGAAGGGCCACGGCAAGAUCGGAGGCAAAUAUGGAGAACGAUAUCAGGUAUCUCUUGUUAGCCCCAGCAUCGUCCCUAAUUACUUCCCGACUAUUCGCAUAAUCGAGUACAAUAUUACCGGCCUGGAGGAUGCGCCAGUCUGGACCGACUCAUUCGACAUCAACUCAAAGGUUUCCGAAGGGCUUCCCGACUUUUCUGAAGAUGAGGAAGCCCACCAGGAACUCAAGAGAGACCUCGAAGCUGAGCGAAGGAAGAAGGGCAGAAAAGGCAAGAAGGGCAGGAAGGGAAGAAAGGGCAAGAAGAAGCCCAAGAACCCUGAACUCGUGAUCCCACCAGCUCCCCCAAAGGGAUCACCUCCCGGCCCUGCAUACUCUCGCCAGACAUUCACCUUCAUGGGAUACACACAAUACUUUGCCAACCUCACCUAUAUCAACAAUGAUCUUGCCGACUUGUCUGAGACAAGCAAGUGGCGCGACGGCGAUUUCAGUGAUGAAGUACCCAACCACGAUAAGCCGCAGCCCAACAAGUUCAGAUACGAGGUUGAAUACAGCACUUUUACCGACAAGAUCUUCAAGCUGCCCGACUUGACAGUUCGAAGCUACCUCAGGCUAGCGUCUAGAAUCGCUAAGAGGAAGACGAAGAAGGGCAAGGGCAAGGCAGCUGAAGAGUACAAUGAGGAUUUUGAAGACGAGUCAGACUCAGACUCAGACUUAGACUCAGACGACGACGACACUGAAAUUCCAGAACCUGAAGAGGGUGACUCUGAUUUGGACUUCACCGCUACCAGGGGCAAGAAGGGGAGGAACAAGAGAAGGAAGACCAACAAGGUUUGGAAACAUUUCCUCCAAGAAGCAUUCGUCAACACUAUACCCGAAAAGCAACUCAAGAAGUGGUCACGGAGAUGAUCGGAGACAUAUAGGAUAGUGACUGACUUGGAAACUUUAUGAUUGGCAUUUUAGCGACGAGACGGAUGGAAUAGGCAUAUAUGGUGUUAAUGGCGCAUAGAGAACAUAAUUGCUAGAAUAACUAAAGAUACACGAUCUUAUGAUUACACUAUCGUUUUCUCACAACAUUUUGAUUCAAAACUCAUGCGUAUUUUUUGCCCAAAAGCCCCCUUUACCAGGACAUUAAGAAACAUGGGGUAUCAGCGAAUGCAGCUGUGCCGGUACAAGGCCACCAGUUAUUCAUACAUCGUUCGUGUUCGUUUAUCAUAACCAACCAGUCCAGCUCAUCUCACAUCUCAGAGAAACAAACCAUUAAAUCCCAUUCUUUCCCUUUGCCCAACAACGCCUCUCAUCGUACAUGCGCGGUUUACUCUGCAUUGUUGACAACCCGCAACGCCCGGCGAGGACCCAUGACGACGCUGAAGAAACUCGGUUCCUGGCCUUCGAGUAGCCCUUCAGUCGAGCCUCCGCUAUGACUCGUUCCAGGUCUCGUAUCCUCACUGCGCUUGGCACCCCCAGACCCGCUGCUGGACCCGGGAGCGCCUGGCGUGGUAUCAUCUUCAUCCUCAGGCCCCCAUUUGGGCUCUGUGGUGUAUCCCUGAUCGCGGCUAGGGCCGACCCAGCCAAAGAGGCUGCGCUGGGAGAUAGCACGCUUGGGGCGGGUAGUACCAGCAGCAGCAAGGGCUGAAGGGUUGAGAAGAGAGUUGGACGCAACGGAGUAGCGGUUUGAUACUGCGAGGUGUUGUCUGUAGGCGUUGACUUGCCGGCGAUAGAGCCAGGCGCAGAAGCCAAGAUAGCAGGCGAGGGCACCAAAGAUACCAGCGAUUACGCCUGCAGCCACGAGACCGCCAUUGACUCCACCAUCGUCUUCUUCUCCAUCGGGAGAAGCGGCUGCAGUACCAGUCUGGCCGACCCGUACUGUCGCUGUCGGUCCGGAGGUAAUUGUGAAAACCGGGGGCUUGCCCGUUAAGAACGGACCACCGGUGGCCGGCCCCACAGCGGGGGUGGUAACGGUAGCGCUGCCGUCCUUGUCUCCACCCACGACCUUGCGUACGGCGUCCGGGACCUCGUAUCCAUGGGACCCAGCGAGAACGAAGUUGUCGGGAUGAUGGUCCGAAUCGUGAUUGCCGGCCUUGAAUUGGUCCUUCCACUUGAGUGAGGUUGCAUCGAACACGUACAUGCCGGGAUCACAUCCGAUGUCCUCUCCUACUCCACCAACAACGACCAUUUGGCCAUCAUACAUGGCGCAUGAGUGGCCAGCUCGGGCAGCGGGUCUGUUGUCGUCGUUUUGGUCGACUUUGAUCCACGUGAAAGAGGGAAUGGUCAGGAUGUACAUGUCAUCGUACUGCGUUUGGUUUCCCUGAGACCAUGUUAGUAUUUG